AAACGAAAGAAGGUUAGAGUUGAUAAGGGCUAUAUCGACAUGGUGGAUCAAGGUCCUACACUUUUCAAGACCAUCAUUUGUCUUCAGUACUGUCGGCGAGUCUUGCCAAGCUCAAACUUGGUUUGUCCCAAUAAUUGGACACGUUUUCGUGAUUCGUGCUACUAUUUCGAAACGACUAAAAUGCGAUACGAUUUAGCUGAAGUAAGAUGUCUUGAAAAAGGAUCAACGUUAUUUGUUGCUGAUUCUAUGGAAGAAUGGCUUACGGUACUCAGUCAAACACCACCUGACUACUGGAGUUGGAUAGGUUUAGAACAGCAAGAUGAUGAAAAACAACCACGUUGGACGACACCAGGCGGGAUGAAUGUCUCGGAGAUAGAAUGGUUGCUGAGCCCCAGAACAUCGGAGAUGAACGGCUGGAACUUGAUAGCCAAAUGUGUUGGCUAUUUCCGCUCAAGUGUCAUUUCAUACGCUUUCUUUUACUAUUGCGGAAUAGGUUUCAACUCAAUUUGCGAACGGAACGCAACUCUCCUCGCAAAUAUCUGGGACGAAAGUGACAGAGGUUUUUAG